AUGACGAUGAAGCUGCUGUCAGUCCUCCUCCUGGUGCCUCUGCUGAGCAGCUGUGCUCCUCUCCUCCUCCCGCUGGACUGCAGCGACAUCUACAACAAAGACAGCAGCCGACCCAGCGGCGUGUACACCAUCUAUCCCAUCGGAGCCACGUCUGCUGUCCAGGUGUACUGUGACAUGGACUCACUAAAUGGACGCUGGACGGUGUUCCAGAGGAGGACGGACAGCUCGGUGAACUUCUACAGACCCUGGAGUCAAUACAAGAUGGGCUUCGGUAUCCCUGCCAGAGAGUACUGGCUCGGCCUCGAGAGUCUCUUCCACCUCACUCUGAGUAAAAGGUACGAGCUGCUGGUCGACAUGGAGGACUUCAGUGGAAACAAGUCGUUUGCCCGUUACUCCUCGUUCUCCAUCGAUCCAGAGGCCGACGGAUACAGACUGCACGUGUCUGGAUUCAUUAACGGAGGGGCAGGAGACAGUCUGAGUUAUCACAACGGACAGAAGUUCACCACAUUUGACAAAGACCAGGACAGCUCGUCAAGGAACUGUGCCAAAUUAUACCUGGGGGCGUUCUGGUACAACGACUGUCACCAGGCAAACCCUAACGGGGUUUAUCGUUGGGGGGCUGAUGGUACUAUCUUUGCUGUUGGUGUGGAGUGGUACCACUGGAAGGGUUUUGACUACUCCCUGAAGACCAUCAGCAUGAAGAUCCGUCCUGUGCAGUAA